UAUCCGUAGUGCAGUGUUGCGACAACUUCGUCUGACACAGUGUAGUUUUCUUCGCUCUGGUAUUGUCUUCGUUGUUAUACUUAUCCACUGUCAGGAUGGACGGCAUGGGUCUGGCGGCCAGUCGUUCAUCGCUCGAGCGCCUCGAGUUUGACAAUGUCGCACUCAAUAAACUUCUGUUGGAUACAUCAGAAGAGCCUGGUCUGCGAAGGCUGGAAGGAGCCUGUUUCUCCCGAGUAAAGCCGAAGCCAGUGGUCAAGCAUCGGUUCGUGGCAGUCUCAAUGAACGCGGCGAAGGUUCUGAACGGCCAGCUUGGUCUAGAGUAACUGAGUGGCUCCAAAGUAAUGCCAGGGUCCGAGCCUGCCGCGCACUGCUACUGUGGUCACCAGUUCGGCUCGUUCGCCGGACAGCUGAGGGACGGGGCAGCCUGCUAUCUGGGUGAAGUUAAAGCUCCAGCUGACUAGAGGCCAGUGCUGCUCCAGGAGAACCCCAGUGUCCGGUGGGAAAUUCAGGUCAAGGGAGUUGGUCUGACUCCCUACUCCUGACAAGCUGACGGCCAUAAGGCGCAGGGCUCCAGCAUCAGAGAGUUUCUGUGCAGUGAGGCGGUGUUCGCUCUGGGGGUGCCCACUACCAGGGCAGCCACUGGUGACAGCAAUGUGGUACGAGACGUGUACUACAGAAGGUACCCCACUAAAGAGAGGUGCUCUGUUGCCCUCCGCAUCGCACCCACCUUUAUCAGGUUCGGGUCCUUUGAGAUCUUUAAGGUGGCUGAUGAGAACACAAGCUGGCAGGGCCCCAGCUACGGCCACGAUGAGAUCAGAGGUCAGAUGAUGGAUUAUGUCAUAUAGAGCUUCUACCCAGAGAUCCAGCAGAACCAUACAGACAGAGUGGAGAGGAAUGUGUCAUUCUUCAGAGAGGUAAUCAUGGACACUAGCGUACUGGUGGCCCAGUGGAAGUGUGUGGGCUUCUGCCAUGGAGUCCUCAACACAGACAACAUGAGAAUCCUGGGGCUCACACUAGACUAUGGCUUCAUGGACAGGUUUGAUCCUGACUUUAUCUGCAAUGCCUCAGACAACUCAGGCUGCUACACUUAUCAGGCCCUCUGCCGCUGGAACCUGGCUCGUCUGGCCGAGGCCUUGGACACAGAGCUGCCCCCAGGCCGGGCAGAGGCUGUCCUGGAUGAGUACCUGCCCCUCUACAACACCUUCUACCUAGGCAACAUGAGAAGGAAGCUGGGCCUGCCUUGGAAGGAAGUGCCAGAGGAUGAGAUGUUGAUCACUGAGCUCCUGCAGACCAUGCACAACACAGAGCAACCCGUCCCUGUUCCAGAUGGUCUCGGAACGGAGGACGGUGACCAUGUAGCUGGGUGUGGCCCGGAGGAGCUGCUGGAGGUCGAGGCCAAACACAGAGAGAACUGGGUCACCUCCUACAGCAAGCGUCUGGCUGAGGAAGUUGAGGGCCAAAGGGCCGUCCAGGCACUGCAGGAGGAGAGGGUGAAAGUGAUGAACGGCACCAACCCACAAUACGUCCUCAGGAACUACAUCGCUCAGAAUACAAUAGAGGCCGCCGAGAACAGAGACUUCUCUGAGGUCCAGCGGCUCUUGAAGGUUCUAGAAAAAACUUUUACCCAGCUGGGUCUGGAGCAACCGAGUUGGCUGGACCAAGGGGUGGUGGAGGAGCAGGGAGAGAUGGAGCAGCAGGUGGCUGCAUCCCAAAUGCGUGUUCCCUAUGACAGCAAGCCCCCAGUAUGGGCCAAUGAAAUCUGUGUCACCUGAUCUUCCUUUCUGAUCACCCUUCCCUGACAGUCUACCCACCCAUAUGUACAAUAGAGACUGUCACUGUCUUUUCUUCCUUUGUUUACCUAUACCUCGCUCCUCAUACUCUCUUUACUUGGGUGGGUAAUGGCACGGAAGGUACAUUUUAAUGAGGUAAGAUGCUCCUAUGUUAACCACUCAGCCUAUAGAUAGAUAUGCAAGGUAAGGAUGUGUUAAGAGUUUUGGCACAUUUCACAAAGUACAACCCCAGAAAUCUGAAAUGACACCUUUUUUUGAUCUAAGUGAUAAUUACAUUUAUGGAAAUAUCAUGUGUUCAGUUGAUUUGUAGUCUUUAUACAGAUGUCUCUAUAGAUCUGUGUAGCCUAUUGGCUGUCUGGUUAUGAAUGACAGCCCAGACAUUCAGUCCUACAAUGACCCAUCUGAGUCCGAGAGACUAGGAGUAUCACCUCUAUGUACCAAAUAAUGUGUGUAAAAGGGAAUGUACAUGAUUUACAUAUCAUCUGAAUUUUACAGAAUGAGUCACAUAAUGUGACUGAGCCACGAAGGACUUCAUACACAAGUAUAACAUAACAUAAAUGUCAACGUUGUAAAUGUCAUAGCAAUUGUAACACUGACCAUUUGGUGCUUCAUUGCACAAAUACUACUACACCACAUUGCAUCGUGUAGGUCAUGAUAACAUUCUAUGUA